AUGUCUGAAUCUGUAGAGGGCUAUAUUGCGGGCAAAGCCAUUGUGGCUGACCCGUUUAUGCACUUGUCCUCAGCGCCAGAAAAGCAGGCUGAGAAGUUCUCUCGGUGCAUUAGUACGUGUUUUUUAGAAGACGUUGAUAUUAUCGGGGUUGAAUCCAUCAGCGUUGUCAGUCAGAGCAGUUCAGAGAUUGCCAUUAACGAGUACGGUACCAAUUUCUGCAAAAUAAGCAUUAACAAACUUGAAAUGCCGAGAUCUAAGUUCCCCAACAUCAGUUCUGAUCAAGCCGAGAGCUCCCUUAGACGUCCUGGUAAAGAUCCAGUUGAAGAUCCGGAUACUCAAGAGUCCGAUAUCCGGGAAGAAGACAUUGAGUCUGUUGAACGGAGUCUCGAGUCGGGUAGAGAAGAAGACGAGGAAGAAGUCGACGGAGAAGAAGAGCAAGAGGGUGAAGAAGUAGAAGAAGAAGAAGAAGAAGAAGAAGAGCAGGAACUUAGCCUUAGCAGUGAGGACACUGAUGAAGAAAUCCUCAAGGAUAUUAAUAUCGGUGAACAAGUAACUACUGAAGAGCGUGUUGAUGAAGGUUACAAUUCUGAAGACGACGAUGCUAUCUACCGACAACCGCUGCAGCUUUCUGACACAACCAAGGUUGUGUAG